GGGUGUCCGUGCUAAUGGAGGAGAGCGGGGCUGCAGGGCUCCACACUGCGUUUGGAGCUUGGCGGGCUCCCAUCGCGCCUCCCCAUUGGCUGCGAGGCGCAGGGGGCGGGAUUCCAUCUCCCGCCAUUUUGGGCGUGCGUUCCUUCAGUGGUUUGAUGAAUUCCAAAAUGAAACAAAGCCUGAAUGUGGAAAACCCGGCUGGAUCUCUGCAGAAGUACCUCACAGACCCUGCAUGCAGUGCUGCCCCAAGACGGACUCUGAAGAUGAUUCAGCCUUCUGCGAAAGGUUGCCUGGUUGGAAGGUAUAAUGAGAAGAAAUCUUCAGUCAGAAAACUGUGGACUAACAAGCUUACCUCUUCAGCAUGUAAAACUGAACCACCUGUAGAUGAAGAGCAAGAAAAUGAGAACACGGAUGAUGUCAUUCAAGCCAUAGAUCUCAUAAAAAAAAGUCCUUCAUCUCAAUAUUGGAAAGAAGUGGCUGAAGAAAGGAGGAAGGCUCUGUAUGAAGUGCUUCAAGAAAAUGAAAAGUUGCACAAAGAGAUUGAACAAAAAGAUGGUGAAAUUGCCCGCCUGAAGGAGGAAAAUGAGGAGCUCAUGGCACUGGCUGAACAUGUG